AUGAAGUAUAUUAACCAAACCACUAAAAACAACGACCCCAGCCGACUCUUUAAGAGACGAUCAAUUGACGACGCCAUCAGUCACGGACCAAGGCUAGUGUCGGCCACCAUACGGCCGCGUGUAGUCAUGGCAAGACAACUCGGGAGUGUAGUGCGCGCCGGCAACGAAAUCGGAUGCGAGAGAAGCCCAGGGCCUGGGGACUGGUACAUGCUUCUAGCGUGGCCGAACAAGCAUGCCGUCAUGUUGCGGGGAGUGUGA